AUGGCGCAGGCGGGACCCGGCCCCGGUCCCGGUCCCGGCCGCGUGGCGCUGGCGCUGGCGCUGGGAGCGGCGGGGGCCGGGCUGGGCCUGCUCUGGGUGCUGCGGCCCUGGCGGCGGCGGGGCUGGCCCGGGGGCAGCGACCGCGAGGAGCCGGCGGGGGAGACCGGGCGGCGGAGCCACGUCACGGCCAGGGCGCUGGCUCCUGUGGAGGCAGGCGAUGGUGCUGUGUACAGACCUCUCCCAGCCCACGAGGAGCUGCUGGACGUGCUGGAGCAGCUUGACUUCGUGGUGAGGAACCUGUCAGAGCUGAGGAAGGAGGUGGAGGAGCUCCGGACCAGCCUGCAGAGCCUAGCUGCAGAAAUCGUCUGUGAGGUCAGGUCCCACCUGGAAGAAACCCAGAAGGUUUCUCGCCGGAGGCGCUUUCCCUUUCCCAGAGAAAGAAGUGAUUCCACGUGCUCCAGUUCCAUUUACUUCACAGCCAGCUCGGGAGCAGCCAACACGGACGAUGGGGAAAGUGAAGGAGGGUACAGCACAGCCAACGCCGAGUCCGAUUACGACCGGGAGUCUGAGAAGGACAGCGAGGAAGGGGAAGAUGAAGUGAGCUGUGAAACAGUGAGAACUGCACGACGGGAUUCCCUGGAUCUUGUCAACGAGGAGGAAACCCAUUUAGCCCUGGAUUCCUUCCUGGAGGAAGGGCUGGAGCAGCUCCUGCAGCAGGCUGACCGCUUGCACAGCGGAGAUGAGCAGGAGAAGAGAGAGGGGUUCCAGCUGCUGCUCAACAAUAAGCUGGCGUACGCGGAGCAGAAGGACUUCCUGUGGCGCCUGGCCCGGGCACACAGUGAUAUGUGUGAGCUCACAGACGACGCAGAUGAGAAGAGAUCCUACGCAGCUGAUGGCAAAGAAGAGCUGGAAAUCGCCUUACAGAAAGGGGACCAAAGUGCUGAGUGCCACCAGUGGUAUGCUAUUCUCUGUGGGCAGCUGUCAGAACAUGAGAGCAUCCAGAAGCGCAUUCAAACUGGGUAUGUGUUUAAGGAACACAUCGAUAAAGCAAUUGAACUGAAACCAGAGGAUCCACAGUCUUACUAUCUUCUGGGGAGGUGGUGUUACCAGGUUUCACACCUGGGAUGGCUUGAGAAGAAGACAGCUUCUGCUCUGUUUGAGGCUCCUCCGACAGCCACGGUACAGGACGCGCUGCAGAACUUCUUACGGGUUGAGGAGCUGAGCCCGGGAUAUUCCAAGGCAGGAAGAAUGUACAUUUCCAAGUGCUACAGGGACCUGGGGAACAAGGCUGCAGCCGUUCUCUGGAUGGACCUUGCUUCCGAGCUGCCAGUUAACACAAAAGAGGAUGCAGAGAGUGAGAGAGACCUUGAAGAGAUGCGCUCCGCCUGGGAAGAGUGAAUGUGGAAAAGUCACCCCACUUGGUACUGCAGAGACAGGAAAAUCCCAGUCAGGGGUUCCAUGAUCCCGACGUUCCCUUCAUGGAGAAGCCACUGGAGUUCGCAGGAGGAGCCACGCAGCAGCCUCACCAGGAGGAGCUCGUGGUGGGAUGUAAUGGGAUCAAAUUGUGUCUUGUUUCCUUCUUACAGCACUGACCACGGUGGGUUUUCAGACUCCUACAGAAGGU